AAACCCAUGAUUAGGAACAGCAGGACCAGAAGGAUGGACAGACCUGUUCUCAUGUUCCUGCUCCAGCUGACCCAAAUGCAGAUAGGAGGGCUGGCAUCCAGUGCUGCGGCGGGUGUUCGAUGUCCCAUCGGCCACUUCCCCUGCGGCAACGUGAGCGAGUGCCUCCCGCAGGCUCUGCAGUGCAACGGCCAGAGAGACUGUGCCAACGGCGCCGAUGAGAGCCGUUGUGGAGACAAUGUGGGUUGGGGAGACUUAUUUGGCCAGAAGCUACAGAACCUUCAUGUGGUGGACCGCAACCCGGUGGAUGAGUGCUUGUUGCAGGAGUACCCAGACAGCUGUCACUGCAAACAAACAGAUGUGUCAUGUGUGGGCGUCCAUCUUCAGCAUGUUCCUCAACUGUCCCACAAUGUCACUUGGCUCUCGCUGAAGAACAACAGAAUCCGAGCGUUGUCUGACUUUGUCUUCUCAGAGUAUCCGUCCCUGCAGAGACUUUUCCUUCAAAACAACAGCCUUCAUAUCAUAUCCAAACAUGCCUUCAGAGGUCUCUUCAGCCUGGAAAAACUGUUCCUGAGUGAGAACCUUAUCUCCUCCCUCAGUCCUGGUGUGUUCAAGGACCUUUGUGCUUUGCAGUGGCUGAUGUUGGAUCAUAACCCUCUGAGCAGCUUGACCCGGGACACCUUCCUUGGACUCCACUCUCUCAUGUACCUCUCCAUGGUGGACACCUCCCUGCAGCAGCUUCCUCACCCCAGCUUCUGUCAGCACAUGCCAGCUUUGAACUGGCUAGACCUGGAGGGAAACCGCAUCCAAACUCUCAACCGCUCCAUCCUGAAAACGUGCAGCGACCUUGAAGUUCUGCUGCUGAUGGACAACAGGAUCAGCAGAGUUCCAGAAAACACCUUCAAGUCUCUGUGGAGACUGGCUGAACUGAAUCUCUCCAGCAACAGGAUCAGGGAACUUCCAAAAAACACCUUUAGGAGCCUCUGGCGGUCGCUGCUCAAACUAAACAUUUCCCACAAUCCUCUAGUCCGCGUCCAACUAGGCCACUUCAGCCACCUGAAGCAUCUUCAGUCUCUGGCUCUGGAGGGCAUUGACAUUCCAGACAUCCAGAAGAAGAUGUUCCUGCCCAUGGAGAACCUCUCUCACAUUUACUUCAAGAGCUUCAAGUACUGCUCCUACGCUCCUCACGUCAGGUCCUGCAAGCCCAACACGGACGGCCUGUCGUCUUUGGAGGACCUGCUGGCCAGCUCGGUGCUUCGGGUGUCCGUGUGGGUCAUGUGCUUCAUCACCUGCUUUGGGAAUCUGCUGGUCAUCGGCAUGCGCUCGCUGAUCAGCGCCGAGAACAACGUGUACGCCGCCUGCAUCAAGGUCCUCUGCUGCGCGGACUGCCUCAUGGGUGUUUACCUCUUCUUUGUGGGCGUGUUUGAUGUCAAAUUUCGGGGACAGUACAACCACAACGCUCUUGUCUGGAUGGAGAGUGCAGAGUGUCGGACCAUCGGGUUCCUGGCCAUGCUCUCCUCUGAGGUCUCCGUGCUGCUCCUCACCUACCUGACCCUGGAGAAGUUCCUGGUCAUUGUGUUCCCGUUCAGUAACCUACGUCCUGGAAAGCGUCAGACUGGGGUGGUCCUGGUGUCCAUCUGGCUGCUGGGCUUCGUUAUCGCUGUUGUGCCACUAAUGAACGAGGACAUGUUUGGGAACUACUACGGACGUAACGGUGUCUGCUUUCCUCUGCAUUCGGACAGGCUGGAGAAAGCCACCGCUAAAGGAUAUUCAACUGUGAUUUUUCUGGGUGUGAAUGCAGUGGCCUUCCUGGUGAUCGUCUUCUGCUACUGCACGAUGUUUUUCUCCGUCUAUAAAACUGGCAUCAACGCGUCAGACGUGAGGAGCAGACUGCAGGGAGAUGUGGUCGUGGCCAACAGGUUUUUUUUCAUCGUCUUCUCUGAUGCCCUCUGCUGGAUCCCGAUAUUCUUGGUCAAACUUCUCUCUGUGCUGGAAGUGGAAAUCCCUGGCACCAUCUCCAGCUGGGUGGUCAUCUUCAUCCUUCCCAUCAACAGCGCUUUGAACCCCAUCCUCUACACCUUGACCACCAGCUUCUUCAGAGAGCGCGAGCUUCUGCUGUGUCGCUAGCAGAGGAGACAUGCCUUAAAGAAGGACCGCAAAAGCCUCACCUUUUCCACCAUCCUGAUGUACAUUCCAAGGGCGCCUUGCUAACAGCCCCCCCAGUCCUACAGCUGGCUGCGGCUGAUCUUCGCUAUGCCAGGGAACGGUUGGCCGUUGCAAGUAUGGACCCGAUGGUGGGACUAAGAUGUGUCGAGAUCUUUGUCUUGACCAAGAGAAUGAGCUUUGACGCCUUGCUUGGAGGCACUGUGGACUCACGAGGGAGAGGAGCGAGUGAUCAACCGUACAAGUAUGAGCACCUUCAAGACUUAAAGCCCAUUGGUGUUACAUGUUACAUUAUAUUAGCCUAUUACCGUGACAACACAGAUGGGAAAAACAGAAAUACAUAAAAGCAAAUAUUAUUCCAUGUUUACCUGCAGUUAAGAUUAAUUGCACCGUUACGCUCUGUGUGUGUUAUUGUUCCACAGUAAGUUGAAAUGGGAGAGUGUAACUUAGUAUCAUUACCCUUAUUGCCGCUAAUCUAUUUGUUCUAUCUAUUGUUACAUUUGUUGUAUUUCUCAUGAUGCUUAAUAGUUUUUACAAAUUGUAACCAUUUCAAAUCAUGAUAUCAUUUUUGUGCUCUCGAGAUGUGCAACACCAGCUCAUAACAUGAAAAGACAACAAAUGUAACAAUGACUCCACCUUGUGUUGUAUUCGAACACUCCAUCUGCACUAUUUUGAAUUGCUACACCUCAAGUUACAGGACAUUCUUGCAGGAUAGACCUGAACCGGAUGAAAUAAUUUGGUAUUUGUGUGUAUCGCUAUACUCUGAUUUAUUUUCUGUGUGAAGUAGCUCACACUGGUCAUAAAAAGAUAAUUCCGCUUCAACAGCUUUAACAUUGUGAUGUUGUACACAUGAUAUGAUCAUUGUGGUGAAACAAGUAUUGUAUAGUGUUUUAAAAUUCUGUUUUAAAAUUGCGAGUCUCCCAAUAUAGAGA